CUUAGAAUUGCGUCCACAAGUCGUUUCUUUUUUCAUCGCGUGCUGCAGACACUCUGCUCCGAUGCCUUUAGUUAUCAGCAAAGCAGACGCUGCCGUUUACACACCUGCAUCGGUGCGAAUCACUGGAUAAAUACCAGAGCCGGAGGAAAAACGCAGCGCUGGAGGGUAUACGGGACAGAGCGCACCAGUGAGCCCGAAUACUGCCGGCUACAUGUGCGACGGCUUAUGAAUUAUUUCAGUCAGCUGACGAAAUGCAGACGUUAAUGAGGUUUAUGCUGGCGGCUUUCGUCUGCCUCUCCUUUGCGUCCUCCGGGUUGGCGUGCGGACCGGGCAGGGGAUUCGGCAAAAACAGGAGACACCCGAAGAAGCUGACCCCUCUGGCAUACAAACAGUUCAUCCCUAACGUCGCUGAGAAGACGCUGGGGGCCAGUGGCAGAUACGAGGGCAAGAUCACAAGGAACUCCGAUAGGUUUAAGGAGCUGACUCCUAACUACAAUCCUGACAUUAUCUUCAAGGAUGAAGAGAACACGAGUGCGGACAGACUGAUGACACAGAGGUGCAAGGAUAAGCUGAAUUCGUUGGCUAUUUCGGUCAUGAAUCAGUGGCCGGGAGUCAAGCUUCGUGUGACAGAAGGCUGGGACGAGGACGGGAAUCACUUUGACGAGUCCCUACAUUACGAGGGAAGAGCCGUGGAUAUAACGACCUCUGACAGAGACAAAAGCAAGUACGGAACCCUCUCCAGGCUCGCGGUGGAGGCUGGAUUUGAUUGGGUUUAUUAUGAAUCAAAAGCCCACAUUCAUUGCUCGGUCAAAGCAGAAAACUCGGUUGCAGCUAAAUCUGGCGGGUGUUUCCCGGGGACGGCCUUCGUCUCACUCGAAGACGGACGUCAAAAGCCUAUCAGGGAUCUGAGGGUCGGCGACAAGGUCUUGUCAGCUGACAGUCAAGGGAACCUCGUCUAUAGCGACUUCAUUAUGUUCAUGGACCAGGACGUGAACACGUCGAGAGUUUUCUAUGUGAUCGAAACGCAGAAACCCACGAGGAGACUCACCCUCACGGCGGCUCAUCUCCUGUUCGUCCUCGACAACAGGACCGAUUUGUUCGGCGGCAUGAGAGCCACUUUUGCUAGCAGCGUAAAACCAGGACAAAUGGUUUGGGUAGUGGAUGACCUACAAGCCCAGCUGAAGGCAGUCACCGUUCAGAGGAUUUAUACGGAGGAGCACAGAAGCUCGUUCGCUCCGGUUACAGAACAAGGCACCAUCGUGGUCGAUCAAGUACUAGCUUCGUGCUACGCGGUAAUAGAGGACCAUGCAUGGGCUCACUGGGCUUUCGCACCCGUCAGGUGGAGUUACAGAUUCGUCUCAUUUCUAUUUCCGAUAGGUGGCGCAACGACAAACGAUGUCCUGAAAUCGGACGGCAUUCACUGGUUCUCAAAGCUGCUGUACCAAAUAGGAACGUGGGUGCUGGGCAGCCACUCUUUACAUCCUUUAGGGUUGCCAAUAAACUCCAGCUGAAAUAAGAAAUACCGUGACGUCGGACAACAAAAAUAUAUACACAGAAAGGCCAAAAGCCCGGAGUAAUUCCCGGAUAUUUAUUUAACAUUUAAACUCACCAUCUUUAAAAGAAUAAACGGACCUGUAAGAGAUUAAAACUUAUUUUGAGUAAUUUAUUAUCGAACUGUCAAAAUUAAAUGAACUGUCGCUGGAAUCAUACGGACUAAUCGAGUGUUUGCGCAGAAUUUAUUUUUGUGAACUUAAAAAAAAACAGACAUUACAGACACAAUGUCCCACGGAUUUGUGCACUUGCCUGUUUUAUUGUGGGAAAUUAACGUUCUUCUCGAAGUGGGAGGGAAAAUAAAUUAUAUUUUUUUACAGAAUUGUAAAAUAGUUUAUUACUUAACCAUGUCUUGAAAACAGUGUAACAUAUUUUAUUUAAACUCUAACUGCUGCAAAAUAUCAAGUCUAGGAUUUUUUUUAAUUAGGUUAUUGUUACUAUGACGUAAGCUACUUGUUCAAAUGCCAAAAUUGGUCAGUAUCCACUGCGUUUUGUGUAUUUUUUUUCGACAAUGCUUACAUGAAAAAUAAACAACUGCUGUAAGAGUAGGACACAAGCAGAUAUUUUUAAUGUUUAAUACGGAGAAAAAUUAAUAUACGUGAAACCUGUAAGAUUCACACUUACGUUGAUCAUAAUGAGGCCGCACGCUGUUUAACUGUCGUGUUAAUUUGUAAAGUUUAUGAAGUGUGUGAUAAUUUCAAAGUGAGAAAACAUUCAGUGUUCUCAUCUUUCUGUUAAAUAUGCUGAUAUGACUGAAUGUAACUGCUGCAUUUAGUUGUGACUGAAUCUUCAAAUGUUUCCAGGUUGUACUGCCACUGAAAGUGAAACAUAUUUAAAUCAUGAUGCUUUUGUAUCGUUUCUUUCAGCUGAGCUCUCCUUUACAUAUAUCUAGCAAAAGUGAACUGAAACUACAAUGGACAUACUUCUUUUUGUUGGAUAAGGAAAUAGUAAAUAUCGAUAACUUUUUUUUAAAGAAUCAUAUCUUACAUAACAUACAUUUACUUUUAGGCAAUCGAAGUCGUCAGUCAUUCAAAAGGUAACGUCAAUGCACGUGACCUCACCCACAAUCCAAGGACGUUCACGUGGGUGGACAUGGCUUUAUGGCGUCUCUUGGUUCAAUAGAAGUUACAUGUCAAACGCAAAAGGGGCGCUGCUGGGUCCUCCACGCUUUGGAGUUCCUGCCAACUGGAUUAAUUCAUAACGGUAUUUGUCGUUAUUAAUGCAGUUCAAAAAUAAAUUUCUGUUCUCUUGA